AUGUCAGCCAACGUGCAAGAAGCUACAGAUGCAUCCAUAGAGCUAGCCAGCUUCGUUAAAGUUCCAGUGCCUGAGCCACCGACUAGUUUGCAACAAUUGAUCAAUGACUGGCAGUUAAUCAAGCAUAGAGAGGGCGGAUAUUUCAAGGAAACAGAUAGGUCUCCCUACACCAUGGAGCUAGAAAAACCGGAAAAUGGAUGUUCAAAAAAGAUUGAAACGGUUACAAGAAAUCAAUCUACAUUAAUUUAUUACUUACUAACUCCCGACAGCCCAAUUGGGAAAUUCCACAAGAAUAUCAACAGGAUCAUACAUAUUUUACAAAGAGGCAAGGGUCAAUACGUUCUAGUGUACCCUGAUGGCCAAGUUAAGUCAUUCAGAGUUGGCUUUGACUAUAAGAAUGGAGAAGUUUCCCAAUGGGUUGUCCCCGGAGGUGUAUUCAAGGCAAGCUUUCUUGUUGCAAACGAAGAAUUUGACAACGGCUUGUUGAUUAGUGAAGUCGUGGUACCUGGAUUUGAUUUCAAAGACCACACUUUUUUAAAAGAUAAAGACGAAUUAAAGAACCUUGUUGGAUCCGAAAAAGCGGAUGAGUUAGCUUUCUUAGUUUAG